AUGUAUCUCGACCUCGGCUUGAACGAAACCCUCGGUCCCACUUUGAUAGGGACAAUCUUCGCUCUCAUGCUGUUCGGCUUGAGUUGUGCUCAAGUAAUGUAUUACGUCUGCGAAUAUCCAAAGGAUAAGUUGCUGCUAAAAGGGCUGGUGACUGGUUGUAGGCUUCUCGAUACAGGCGCGACCAUCGUUGACACAGUAAUUGUUUGGCAUUAUACGGUCACAAGCCGAAACAAUGUGUUUGACCUUGCAAAGUUAUUCAACACAUACGUUCAGGCCGAGUAUGCUCUUGCAGCGAGCACAUGUCAGGUCUUAUACAACCAAUGCCUUGACGAUCUGGCGAUACUGCAAACUCUAGGCGCCGUAUUGACGGAUAUCUGUACGACCACGUCCCUCAUUCUGAUACUGAAUGGACAAAAGACGGGCAUUAAGGCGACCGACCGUCUUGUCCAGAAGCUCACUAUCUACGCGGUGAAUAGAGGCGGCUUGAUUACACCACACAAUUCAUUACGGGUCAAGUACAUUGCACUGCAGAAGAACUCGCUGUAUUGGGUGAUUUUCCACCUUCCUGGCAGCAAGAGUAAGUGGUCAUUUAGUAGCGACAUUUAG